CUUGUCCCUAUAUAUAUAGGGAGUUAAUGUAUGCUGUUGGGAGUCUUUACUUCCCCUCAAGUCAACGACAACACCGCGCUUCACGUUCAGAUAGUCACUUUCACCUGCCUUUGUCAGUCACAGCUGAAAUGAGCUGUCUGAAUGCGCGACACGACACUUUACUCCCAUUGGCUGUUUAGUGUUUGAGCGGAACGGUAUCGGAGUCCCAUUGGAGAGAAACGCAAACUCGGAAUCCCGAAGUUGCGAAGUUCGCGAGUGGUGAAAUUAAACGAUUGCUGACGGAAUAACGCCUGCGCAACUCGUCUGAGGCCGUUUUAAGCACGGUGCUGUACAGAGCCACAAGAGGGCCAUGUCUGAUAACAGCACCGGCAGCACCGGGUCAUCCAGUAAUAGCUGGACUCUGCUCUCUCCGGAGGAGGCUGCUGUGGACCCUACAGCACCAGUGGAUGAUGGGACAGAGAGUAUUGGAGAUGCACCCAGUCUUUCAGAGGAAAUAGCAGGAAGCUCUUUGGAGGUGAGGUCGCAUGACCCCGAAUUUCCAAUGGUGGAGACCAUUUUGUCAGAGGAGGGUCACCAGGUCAGUGCAUCACUGCCGAUUUGUCAGGAAACAUCCCCGGAUUUUUUUGAGAAAAUGGUAGCGUCUGGUCAUACCGAUUCUGAGAUCCAUGCUCCUGUCAUCCAUGACACAAUCACCAGUUCUCCCCCUGACAGUGACCUUCUGGGAGCUGUUCCCUUCAGCAUCGCUACAGAAUCGGCCUUCCAGUUUUCAGACGAGUCAGUCCUUGACGAACCCACUGAAGAGGACGUUACUGAUAUCUUCCCCGGCCAGCACGUUCCAGUCCAAGAAAGCCCCGCCCCUGAACCAGAGUCCAAAAUCCCCUCCACUUCCAAACCAUUCAGAGAAAUAAGCUCUUCUCCAGAUGUCCCUGUUGUUACCGCAGACAUAAGCCCAAUCCCUGAAAUCAGUGAUUCUUCUGCAGCCCAUGUGCUUGAUAUUCAUGCUGAUGUACAUCCUGCACCUGAAACCCCGCCUCUGGCCAUGCCCUCUGAGACUGAUACAGGAUUUGGUUCCACAGUAGAAAGCCCCGCCCCUGACAGCCCUUAUCCGGAAACCAUUGGUUCAAUUGAGACUGAGGAGGAGCCAACUUUUGAGAAAGAAGACAUAGAGCUGCCAGAGAAAUUCCCAGAUGUAAUCAGAGAACCAGAAUCUCUUGGUGCUGAACUUCCAGCAGGUCCCUCAGCAGAAGAUGAUGGUCUGAGGCUCAGACAUGUGCAACCUACCAUACUGCUGAAGCGAAGCUCAGACGAGGAGGAAGAGGAAGAGGAGUUCAACCUGCCAGCAAGGAAAGAGGAGAAACGAGGUUUCUCUUUGAAUCAUCUGAUAGUAGGAGCAUUGGUCCUGCUCUGUGUUGGAUCCUUCUUUUUCUCCGGUUCUGUGGUUGACCUGUCUAAUGAUGAUUUUGAGGGUACAGAAUUAAGUGACCAGGAACUUCUUGAUAAACUUGCUCAAGAGAAUAAACAAAUUAAUAUAUUAGAGGCUCAGAUUGAGUCACAGAAAGAGGAGUUGGACCAGGCUCUGAAAAUGGCGGCAGAUAAGCAUAACACUGAGAAGGGAGCGCUGGAAAACCAGAACACUAAGAUGAAAGAACAACUGUUUGAACUGCCUGGUUUAAAAGAAGAACUACAGACACUGAGAGCAAGAGUCGCUGAGCUCACAAAGCUUACCGUUGAAGAAGAUCUUCCACAACAGCUCAAAGACUCUGGCCCACCUUCCACUGCUGAGUCUAGUCUAGAAGGAACUGAGAAACACUGGGAUAAGAAAGAAGAACUCAAGCGGCAGAAAACUCUUUUGGAGGAGAGCCGGAAGAGACUGGAGGGAAUGAAGAAACAGGGCUGGAACAAGCAGGGUUUGAGGGAGAGCUUGAUGGAAAUACAGAAGAGACUCGAGAAACAGGUGGAUCAGCUGGGCAAGCGGGAAGAGUGGAAGAGGAAACACCAAGAGCACAAAGGAGAAAAGAAGGAAUGGGGCAGAAAGAAAGAACACGACAGUCGCUGGAAGAAAGAUGAGGCAGAAAGGGGAAAAGAGUGGAAGCAUGGUAAGGACAAAAGGAGAGACCAUCUCAAGAAGUACAAAGAAGAGUGGGACCACAAGAAGGAUGAGAGAAGGCAAGAGAGGGAACAGAGACAGAAGAAAAGACCUUGGGAAGCCAAACCUUCCAAGCAUCAUCAUCAUCAUCACCACCAUGAGCAGAUAGACUUCUGGAAACACCAAGAAGAGAAGCUCAGGAGGAACCGACAUCGUGCCGAAGGCUGCCAUGGCGUAUCCAACUGCGCUGAUGCAGAGGGGCUUGUUCCUGUGACGCUUAUAGAGUUUCAGGACCUCCUUGAGAUCUACCUAAGCAAACUAGAUGGUGUUCCACAGGAAAGCAAGGAGUCUCUCAUCCGGCUCACUGCCCAGUUCUUCAGCGGCGGAGUUUUCGCCCACGACAAAAUGCUCUUCAGUGAGUUCGCCGAGGACGUUGCAGAUAUCCUGGAAGAUCUGGCAGAUGGUUUAGAAGGCAAACAGCAUGACAAUGAUUCCCUCGAAGAAGAGAUGGAGGAGUUUGAGAAAGAGGCUCUGCUACAGUUCGCCGCCCCUUUGGAAUAAUUGGUGCUGCCCACCCCAGGAACUCGGUUGAACGGAUGGAAAAAUACACCACGUGAAGGAGAGCAAACGGAACAGUCUUACCCAUUACUUUCCCCGUUCUUUACGGACUGUAGAUGUAGUUUAAUGCCUUGUGUGUGAGGAGUUUCUCUCUUUGGAGUCUUGUCAUUAGUGAAGUCCCACAUGUGCGUUGGGUGUUUUGUUGUAAGCUACCUCUGUUAGUCCUGUUCUUCAACGCCAAACCUUUUGACUCUUGCUUGCUGUGUAAAGUGUCAGUCAUCUUAAGCAUUAAGUGUUGCCACAUGAAUGAAACUGCUUCACUUGCAGAUGGAUUGGUCACCUAAUACAAAUGGAGUUGUGAACGAGAUUAAAGGGAUAGUUCACCCAAAAAUGAAAAUUUGAU